AUGACAGCGGAAACAGCAUCCAAUGGCCAUGCGAACGGCGCGCCAGGCGCAAACGGCCUCGCCAAUGGCAAUGGGCAAGUCGCGGCUUCAGUAGCACGCAAAGACGAAGGCCUGCAUAUUGUGAUUGCUGGGGCUGGAAUUGGCGGCCUCAGCGCUGCGAAUUUCUUGAGGCAGCAAGGUCAUCGCAUUACCGUCCUCGAGCAAUCGAGCUGCGCACUUGAAGUCGGCGCGGCGGUGCACCUUGCGCCUAACUGCAAUGGCCUGCUACGUCGCAUGGGACUAUACGCAGAGAAUGUUGGCGCGAACAAGACGGAAUACAUCACAGAGUACAAAUCGGAUGGUACUCUGCUCAAACAUGUGCCUCUCGCUGAGCCGAACAAGAUCUGGCAGCAUCCAUGGCACCUUAUUCACCGCGUUCGUCUUCACAACGAACUCAAGAGGAUGGCCGUGUCGUCGGAGGGCAAAGGCCGCCCAGUGGAGCUCCGUACUUGUAGUCGACUAGUAGAUGUUGAUCCUUCCUCAGGGACCGCGACACUCGAAAGUGGCGAGAAGGUUCAAGGCGACAGUAUGAAGUCGGUAACAAGAAGCAAAGUUCCCGGCGGCGACAAGACGCCGUUUUCGUCGGGAAAGAGCGCGUUCCGCUUCCUCGUGCCUCGCAAGGCAGCCCUCGAUGAUCCCAAGACGGCGAAGUUCGCUGAGACACAUGGCGAGCUCAUCAUUUGGUAUGGCACGGAUCGGCGAGUUGUUAUGUAUCCAUGCGACAAUAACGAGCUGCUGAAUUUCGUCUGCAUUCACCCUGGUGAGCUGUCGGAAGUGAAGACGGAAGCAGAUUGGAACCAGGGCGGUAACCUCAACAACAUGCUCGACGUCUACAGCGGGUUCGAACCUGCUCUGGUGUCCUUGAUCGGUAAAGCGGACCCUGAAUCGCUCAAGGUCUGGGCGUUACUGGAUAUGGAUAUCAUCCCCACUUGGGUGAAUGACAGGCUUGCUCUUCUGGGAGAUGCUGCCCACCCUUUCACGCCUCAUCAGGGCCAAGGUGCCGGCGUUGCCAUUGAAGAUACUGCCUCCCUUGCUGUAGUCUUGCCUCUUGGAACGAAACCUGAGGAGGUCUCUGAGCGCCUUAAAUUGUACGAAACCAUUCGCUACGAGCGCGCCCACAGGAUCCAGGACGUUUCCCGCAUCAUGGGCCGCGACCUCACUCCCGGAGACUCCUCAUGCAACAUGAUGGAGUUCACAAACUACAACUUCGGGCAUGACGAGUGGGACAACAGCACGCAAGCGUUCCGCAAACACCAGUGGGCCAAGGACCCAAAUAUGUUUUGGCGAAUGCCCAUCUCCUUCGGCCCCAUGCCUGGUCCUCGCCAGAACUUCGAGGGGAAGCCUAGGACGGCAACGCACAGCACCUUCUGCACCGCAAGUAUCAAGUUCAAAACUUCAGCUACGUUGCUCAAGAAUCUCUUCCCAUCGCCGAGCUUUAGCUUCGCCUCGCCCGGCACCGUUGCCUAUGCCAGUUUCAGCCAGACGGAGCUGAAUAAGAUGGAAUGGCUGGGAGGGAGCGGCUAUCGCCACCUGGGCCUGUAUAUUCACGGCGUACAAUAUACCAUGAAGAACGGGAAAGUCCUCAACGGAACAUUCAUGCCGAUCCUUUUCGAGUCGCUGGCCGAUCCCAUUGUUUCCGGGCGCGAGGAGCUGGGCAUGCCAAAGCUGUACUGUGCGCUGGACGUAUUCAAGCGGAGCAACCAGUACCGUUUGAGUGCCAGCUGGCAAGGGGCGUCUUUUGGUUCUUUCAGUUGGGAAGGGUUGGAGGAUGUGGAUCCUGGUGAUGAUAAGGGAACCAUUGGUGGAUCCGACGACGAUGGAAUCAUCGUGUAUAGGUAUAUUCCUAGGGUCGGGGACAGGGGCAAGGCGGAUACGGAACAUGCAGUUUUUGUGCCGCAUGCCGAGGAAAGUAAAGUGGUUCCCAGCAAAGUCAAGAGCGUGAAGAAGGCGAGCAACGCAUCUGUCAAGCUCGACGGACUUGACUGGGAGGCACUGCCCACCCUACACCACGUUGCAAGCCGGUUGGCGGAAAUCCCGAUCUACGAGGUCGUUGCAGCGAAGAUUGUAGAGGGAGAGGGCGUGCCGGAUGUUAGCGCAGCGAGAAGGAACAAACGCUUCAUUACCUCUCAUACACCAGACGGAAAAGAGGUUUUCGAUACCUCCAUUUCGGAGGACGUUCCAUACCAGCGAUUGCCGGACGGCGCGGAGUUUGGGCUCUGCUAUGCAACGAGCCAGUUCCCCGUCGAUGUAGUCAAUGACAAAGAUGUUCGGACCUACGAAAACUAUCUUAGCGAUCUUCCUGGCAUCACGAUAUCUACCGGGACAGUCCUUCGCAUAGUCGACAUGAUGCCCGGUGCGCUUAGCCCAAUGCAUCGCACCGUUAGCAUCGACUACGGGGUUGUGCUCGAGGGAGAAGUCGAGCUUAUCCUCAACUCUGGCGAGAAGCGCGUCAUGAAGCGCGGCGACGUCAGCAUCCAGCGCGGGACGAACCACGCGUGGCGGAAUGUGACAAAGGCUGAGGGAGGAGGUAAUGGGGGUUGGGCUCGGAUGAUGUACGUGCUGCUCCCGGUGGAGAAGUUGGAGGUUGGAGGGAAGGUGUUGGGAGAAGAUACGGGCACGAUUCCGGGGGUAAGGUCGAGCGAUUAG